ACCAAUCGGAGAUGUGAUACUAAGGCCGUGGAUGCGAGGCGAAUGGCCUGAGAAUCUCAAAGCUCAGCAUCCAUUAUCCAUGGCCGCCCACUCCACUCCCUCCAUCCUUCUUCCACCGGCAGUCAGCCAUUCAAAUCCUAAGAACCGUGUAUUUCUUUGUCAACAACGAGCGAGCCAUCACAAUUUCGAAUCUCCCGCCCCAUCUUCCUCUUCGUCUUCUACGGAUGGUAAGCUCAUGCAGAGAAGUCCUCGCGAAGGACGCAUGGACAUCGCAAAGCUGAAGGCGAAGGAAGCGGGCGAGAGAAAAGAGGAGGUCAACAGGAAGAUUGCUUCUCAGAAAGCCAUUUCUGUGAUUUUGCGCAGGGAAGCCACGAAGGCCGUCAUUGAGAGGAAGAGAGGCCCCACUAAUUCUAAGAAACUGCUUCCGCGAACUGUUCUUGAGGCUCUCCAUGAACGAAUCACGGCCUUGCGAUGGGAGUCUGCGCUCAAGGUUUUUGAACUACUACGCGAACAAUUGUGGUACAGACCUUACGCCGGGAUGUACAUCAAGCUAAUUGUCAUGCUUGGAAAAUGUAAGCAACCUGAAAAGGCCUAUGAGCUGUUCCAAGAAAUGAUCGAGGAAGGCUGUGAAGUUAGCCAUGAGUCCUAUACUGCUCUCCUGUCGGCCUAUAGUAGGAGUGGUCUUCUUGACAGGGCAUUUUCACUCCUCAACGAGAUGAAAAACAGUCCUGAUUGCCAGCCUGACGUUCACACUUACUCUAUCCUCAUAAAAUCAUGCUUGCAGGUGUUUGCAUUCAACAAAGCACAAACUCUACUCUCUGACAUGGUGACUCGAGGAAUAAAACCGAACACUAUUACAUAUAAUACCUUCAUUGAUGCUUAUGGCAAAGCAAAAAUGUUUGCUGAAAUGGAGUCCAUCCUUGUGGAAAUGCUGAGUGAUGAUGGUUGUAAACCCGAUGUUUGGACAAUGAACUCGACACUUCGAGGCUUUGGCAGCAGUGGACAAUUAGAGACCAUGGAGAAGUGUUAUGAAAAGUUCCAGGGAGCUGGAAUCCAACCAAACAUUCAGACCUUCAACAUCCUUUUGGAUUCAUACGGCAAAGCCAAAAGCUAUGAGAAAAUGAGUGCUGUUAUGGAGUAUAUGCAGAAGUACCAUUAUUCAUGGACAAUCGUAACCUACAACAUCGUUAUCGACGCAUUCGGGAGGGCUGGGAAUUUGAAACAGAUGGAGCAUCUCUUUAGACUUAUGAGAUCAGAGAGGAUCCAACCGAGUUGUGUAACACUUUGCUCGCUCGUAAAAGCCUACGGUCAAGCAGGAAAACGCGACAAAAUCGAAAGUGUACUGCACAUAGUCGAAAAUUCCAAUAUAACGCUGGAUACCGUCUUUUACAACUGUCUUGUGGACGCUUACGGGCGAAUGGAAUGUUUUGCAGAGAUGAAGGCGGUACUCGGAAUGAUGGAGCAGAGAGGAUGCAAGCCUGAUAAGACUACCUACAGGAUCAUGGCUCGAGCUUAUUCAGAUGGAGGAAUGGCCAACCAUGCCAGGGAGAUCCAUGAUCUUGUAAGAACAGCAGAAGCAAGUAAGAGAACUCGUCCUGACUUAUGAUAUUAAUCUCUUAGCAUAUGUAAUGAAAUAAAUCUCAGUAUUGAUAAUUAAAGGAGAAAU